GUCCACGUUAACGGGCCUGGGCCGUUCAGAGGCAUCUUCCCCGCAGCCUGCCGCUCAGGAGCAUCUGCAGUCUGAAGACAGAAUGCUCAAGGGACAGCUUCCAAACACGGGCAGAGACCUCGAAGCCCACCCAGGGUCCCCGCCUACCAACAACGGUCAGGGCCCUGAGAAGAGCCCAGUGCUCCCUCUGAACCUUUCAGCACAAAUCAGCAAUGAGGACCCACAAGCCAAGGCCACACCCUUUACCCCAAAGCCGCCGACGAGGCCCCGGCUGGAGCGCGCUCUGUCACUGGACGAGAAGGCAUGGAGGAGGCGGCGUUUUCGAACCAGCCAGGAGGACCUGGCCGCGCGCGGUGGGGCCAGCCCCUCUAGGGGCUCCUUGCAGGACGAGGUCCCCAGGCCCCCCACCCACACUGACUCCCCACCCUGCCUGAGCACCUCCUUGCAGGAAAUCCCCACGACCCGCAGGGCCCAGGGCAGCGCCGGAGGGAGCCCCUCCUCGUGGGGUCACUGUCUCUCCGGAAUGAUCGGCAGUUCCCUGGACCUCCUGCACCGGGACGGGGCCUUGGCUGGGAGCCCCAGCAGGCUGCCGGCUGUGGGCCAGAAGGUGGCCUCCAAUUCCCUGCGGUCAGCAGACAGGGUGGACUUGGUUCAGACUGACUGCAAGCCCCGCCUGCAGAGCAGACUGUUCCGGGCCCACAGCAGCCUGGGCCCCGGCCGGCCCCCAAGCCCCCUGGCCUGUGAUGCCAAGUCCUCCUUCAGCCUCCUGGCGCCCAUCCGCGCCAAGGACGUCCGGAGCAGGAGCUACCUGGAGGGGAGUCUCCUGGCGAGCGGGGCCCUGAUGGGGGCAGAGGAGCUGGCCCGGUACUUUCCAGACCGCAACAUGGCCCUCUUCGUGGCCACCUGGAACAUGCAGGGCCAGAAGGAGCUGCCCCCAAACCUGGACGAGCUCCUGCUGCCCGCCGAGGCCGACUACGCCCAGGACCUGUACGUCGUCGGGGUCCAGGAGGGCUGCUCCGACAGGCGGGAGUGGGAGACGCGCCUGCAGGAGACGCUGGGCCCCCGCUACGUCACACUGUACUCCGCGGCCCACGGGGCGCUCUACAUGUCCGUGCUCAUCCGCAGGGACCUCAUCUGGUUCUGCUCAGAGGUGGAGAGCUCCACGGUGACCACGCGCAUCAUAUCUCACAUCAAGACCAAGGGGGCCCUGGGCAUCAGCUUCACCUUCUUCGGCACCUCCUUCCUCUUCAUCACGUCCCACUUCACCUCCGGGGACGGGAAGGUGAGCGAGAGGCUGCUGGACUAUAGCAGAACCGUCCAGGGCCUGGCCCUGCCCAGGAGCGUGCCGGACACCAGCCCCUUCCGCUCCGACGCUGCGGAUGUCACCACCCGGUUCGAUGGGGUGUUCUGGUUUGGAGACUUCAACUUCCGUCUGAGCGGUGGGCGCGUGGCCGUGGAGGCCAUCCUGAAGCAGGACCUGGGAGAGAAGGUGUCUGCCCUGCUCCAGCAUGACCAGCUCACCCAGGAGAUGAAGAAAGGGUCCGUCUUCAGGGGUUUCCAGGAGCCGGACAUCCACUUCCUUCCAUCAUACAAGUUCGACAUUGGGAAGGACUCCUACGACACCACCUCCAAGCAGAGGACCCCCUCUUACACGGACCGGGUCAUGUACAGAAGCCGCCACAAGGGUGACAUCUGUCCCAUCAAGUAUUCCUCCUGCCCUGGCAUCAAGACGUCUGACCAUCGCCCCGUGUAUGGCCUGUUCCGGGUGAAAGUGAGGCCGGGGAGAGACAACAUCCCGCUAGCUGCCGGCAAGUUUGACCGAGAACUGUACUUAAUAGGAAUUAAAAGACGGAUUUCCAAAGAAAUUCAGAGACAGCAGGCACUGAAGAAUCAGCACUCGAGUACUAUUUGUACUGUUUCUUGAGGUCUGCCCAAGGACCUCUGGUACCUCCACCGGAAGGUUACUUGAUCAAAAGCCCCUAAAGAGGGAAGAGGUUGCUGUGUGGGACUUCUCCCCCUUUUUGGGCUGCCGACGAACCAUUGCUCGAGACUGACACGCUUUCUGACCCAGAACCCCAUGGGGAGGCCAGUGGUACCGAGGCACCAGUGCCCCCGCCCGGGACGACACCAGCCACGCUCUUUUGUAGCACGUCCCGGCAGGCCCCACGCCGGCCACACGCGCGGUCCCGGGGGGCAGGUGUCUGGGUGGGGCGGGGCCUGGAGCCGCCCGCUCACCCAGAGCCGGGGCUGGCAGCCCCCCAGCAGCCCCUCCAGUGCAAACUGGGAGGUGCCCUUCCCCCUCUGAGCACAGCGGGCCCGGUACCAAAGACGUAAGCUGCUCAGGGUCAGGCGGCUGGGCGGCGGCGGGGGUGGUCUCUGUCCCACGGGUGCACACGAGGACCAAGCCCAGGCCCGGCUGGUCAGGCCAGAGCCAGCCGACUUCCAAGGAGGGAACACAGUCCCGCUGGGACAAGGAGGCCUGGCCUGUUUCAGGGCCGCCUCUGAUCUUGGGGGGCUGGCCCGGCCCAUCCAGCCAUGAAGCCACCUCCCUGUCCUCUUCUGGUUUUGGUGAUUUAAGACUGUUUGCAUACACGUGGCCAGCCUCAAACAGCAUGAACAUAAGUAGCGCACUUCCUGGCCUGAGAAAGCAGGGGAAGCUUAGGGUGUCCCCACCACAUUCCAGAUCUCUUCUUUCUUCGAGGGCUGAG